AUGGUUCAAAAUUGUAAUGAAGAUAGUCAGGUUGUAAUUGCAUCUAAAGCUGAAGGAAUUCAUAAUGAUCUUUUAAAUGAAAAUGGUUGUAAUACAAAAGAAAAAGUAGAAAAAGGUACUGUUAAUAAUAAUAAUAAUAAUAAGUGCAAUGAUAAUCUACAAAUUGGUGAAGAUAAAAAAAAUGAUGAUAAAAUAACAUUUAAGAAUGAGAUUAAUGGUAAUGUUAAAGAGAAUGAGAUUAAAGAACAUGAAAGACCAUCAUCAACAGAUUCUAAUGGUUUUCCCGUAAAAGAUUCAGAUGCAAUUAAAUUAUUUGUUGGACAGAUUCCAAGGAAUUUAGAAGAAAAAGAUUUAAGAGGCAUGUUUGAAUCUUAUGGUAAAAUAUAUGAAUUUACUAUAUUAAAAGACAAAUUUACGGGUAUGCAUAAAGGAUGCGCCUUCCUAACUUAUUGUCAUAGAGAAAGUGCCAUAAAAUGUCAAAGUUCUUUACAUGAUCAGAAAACAUUACCAGGAAUGAAUCGUCCUAUGCAAGUUAAACCAGCUGAUUCUGAAUCUCGUACUGAGUCACCUAAAGGUGCUGAAGAAAAAAAAUUAUUUGUUGGAAUGUUAUCAAAACAACAAAAUGAAGAUGAUGUUUUGGGGAUGUUUUCACCUUUUGGAAAAAUUGAAGAAGUAACAGUUCUUCGAGAUUCAGAAGGAGCCUCAAAAGGAUGUGCAUUUGUUAAAUUUUCCUCAGCAAAUGAUGCACAAAGAGCUAUAACAGCUUUACAUGGUUCACGAACAAUGUCAGGAGCUUCAAGUUCAUUGGUUGUUAAGUUAGCUGAUACUGAAAAAGAAAGACAAGUUAGAAGAAUGCAACAAAUGGCUUCUCAAAUUAGUAUUUUAAAUCCAUUAAUAACGAGUCAAAUGAGUGUAUUUAAUCAGGCAGCAUAUGGACAGUUUGUUAAUCAACAACAAAUAACUCCACAACUUAAUAUAACAACUCAACCACAAACAACAGCAGCAUAUUUCCCAUUAGCUGUCGCUUCAACAGCCACUCCUGGUUCAUCAACAACACAAUUUACAUUAGGAAAUGGUUUACAACCUACAGGAGGUACUUUGGCGACAGCUGCACAACUCUUAUCUACACAAGGAGCCCAUUCACAUACUUUAAAAGCAUCUCAACAUCCAUCUAUUAUCACAAAUUCAUCAACAAAUCCAACUGGCCAUAUGACUAACUUAGGAGUUAUCUCAGUCAAUGCACAAACACCAACUGGAACAAUUGGUAAUACAAUACAAACACAACAAAAUAAUCAAAAUAAUUUGGUUCAUGGAAAUGAUGCUCAGGCAUUUGCAUCACUACAACAUGGAGUUGGUGGAUAUCCAUCAAAUCCAUUAUUAACAGUUGAUCCUAAUCAAUUUAAUUCAUAUAAUCAAGCAUUACAACAAGCAUUAGCACUUCAACAAUCAACAACAUUACUUCAUACACCAGUAGUAACAACAAAAGAAGGUCCAGAAGGUUGUAAUUUAUUUAUCUAUCAUUUACCACAAGAAUUUGGUGAUUCAGAGUUAAUGCAAAUGUUUAUGUCAUUUGGUAAUAUAAUUUCAGCAAAAGUUUUCAUAGACCGUGCAACAAAUCAAUCAAAAUGUUUUGGUUUUGUAUCAUAUGACAAUCCAACAUCGGCAAUGGCAGCAAUUCAAGCUAUGAAUGGUUUUCAAAUAGGAAUGAAACGUUUGAAAGUUCAAAUCAAAAGACCCCGUGAUAAGCCAUCUUCACAAGAUUCAUUCAUAAAUGAAAAAACAAUAUCAAAUAGAGAUAUGAAAUUUAAAUCACAAAAUUGCCAUACAUCAAAUAUAGAUAGUACCAAUAAUUAUAAUUUUAAUAACAAUACGGAGAAUAAAAAUAACUCAAAACUUGGAAUUCAAGUGAGUAUAGCUUUACCAAAAAAAUACAAUAUAUAUAGAAAAAAAAGUUAUCCUAUACAAUCAUUAAUGGAAAUUAAUGAAAUAAAAAUUAGUUGA